AUGGCGUUCUUCUCCGAGGUGGAGACCACGUUCGAUUUCAGCGCAAGCGCAACUGGUGCAUCUGCUCGAGGCACGCCCACAGGACCCUUUCUGGAGGCUUCGGAGAGCAUACUGCGCCUGUAUGAUAAUCUCGGCUCGGUGGCGUGGAAACUAAUUCGGAGCGAUUUUGAAGCGCAGAUGAAGGUAUGGAUCCGGUGUUUAAAAAAUGGAGUGUACGUGUGUACAACUAUGAGCUCAACUUAG